CAGUGAUAAUCGUUGAUUUGAAUCAAAUAUUAUUAUUAUUAUCAUUCAAAGCUUUUUACUAUUUGUAGUUACUUUUAUCGAUAAUAAAUUAACAGUAUUCUGAAUAUAACAAUAUAAAAUGUACUAUUGUCGUUUCAAUUAAUCAAAAUAUUGUGAAAAUAUUUGGAUCGUGUUAUAAUUAAAAGGGACAGCGCAUGUGUGCUUACUAAAAUAAUUUAUAAUAAUAAUUGUUAGUAACAAGAAUUGUUUAUUUACUCGUAUCAUGGAAGAGAACAAAAUAGAAGUUGUAAAUGAAAAUACGGAAAACAAAUUCAAGGUUUCAGGAUGGGGCUACAGACACAAGCAGUGUUUUAUUCUGUUCUGGACGUUAACCAUAGCGUACAGCAUGAGGUCUUGUAUGGGGGUAGCGCUAGUAGCCAUGACAGACCAUCAUGUACAGGGUAACGGCACCAACGUUACAGAUGCCAGUAACUUUGAAACCGACGGCUUCUUGAAUGCUCUAAUGAUUGUACCACCAUACCCUGCAUUUAGCUGGAGCAAAAAAGUUCAAGACACAGUGAUAGCUUCGUUCUUCUGGGGCUACAUGCUGUUGCAGAUCCCGGCAGGACAGAUAGCGCACAGGUUUGGGACUAGGUACCUGCUCAGUGGCGCCAUGAUGAUCAACUGCUUAGUUUCCAUCUUUUUCCCAAUAGCUGCAUAUUACGGUGGCUGGAUAUGCUCGGCAAUAUGCAGGGUUCUACAAGGUCUAAGUCAGGCCUGCAUAUUGCCUGGACUACACACUGCUUUGGGCAAGUGGGCGCCUCUACAUGAGCGAGGAAGAAUGUCUGCUUUCGUCUAUGGAGGUCAAGCGUUAGGCACAGUAUUUGGUCUUCCUAUCACUGGUUUCAUUGCUUCAUCACCCAUGGGUUGGCCUGGCAUAUUCAGGUUCUAUGGAAUUGUGUCUGGUAUUGUAAGCAUAUUGCUAUGGUUUAUGGCUGCUGACUCUCCGGCGAAGCACCCUAAAAUAUCAGCUGAUGAAAGAAAGUACAUAGAAGAUGAACUGGGAACGGGAGAAGCGGCUAAGCGUGCAGCAGUGCCCUGGGGAAAAAUACUUCGUCAUAAAGGUAUGUAUGCCAUUGUGAUCUCACACAUUGGACAGACUUGGGGCCAGAUCACUCUCUACUCAGAAGUUCCAGCCUUCAUGGACAAAAUUAUGGGAGUCAACAUCAAAGCGAAUGGCUUACUAACAGCUCUCCCAUUCUUAGUGAUGUGGUUCACCAACUUCUUCUUCAGCUGGAUGACUGAUAUGCUGAUUGUGAAGAAGAUUCUGAGUGUCACAAAUACUAGGAAACUGGCUAAUUCACUAGGAAACUUCCCUGCAGCCAUUGGUCUGGUUGCGUUAGCCUAUGUUCCUAAAGAUAUAUACGUCAUAGAAACUAUACUAAUACUUAUCUGUGGGUUCAAAAUAUCAUCACAUUUAGGAUUCCACAUCAACCAUAUUGAUAUUUCUCCAAAUUACGCUGGCACUAUGAUGAGCAUCAGUAACUUUGUAUCCAAUUCCUGUGCCUCCAUGGCACCUCUCGUCGUUGGGUUCAUUCUUACUGACGUGACUGAUGAACUUCUCUGGAGAAAAAUAUUCUUCGUAGCGGCUGGAAUUUACUUCUUUACAAAUAUAGUUUAUCUUGUACUUGGCACUGCUGAGAAGGCUGAAUGGAAUGACCCACCCGAAGAAAAAUCCGAAAAAGUUGAUGAAGAGAGCGUACCUAUGAUGGGCAAAUUCAAAAAUGGUGUAAAUUAAAUUGAUGUGCAGGCUGAAAUGAAAAGAUAGGAUGCAAAGCAGAGAGGCGAAGGUAGAAGCGAUACAGAGAAUAUAAUUAUGUCGUCGAAUCAUGUUUGAGGAUUAAACAAACUGUAUAGUAUAAUAUAAUUAAUAUGAUUGCACCAAAUCUAAAUUUGAAGUCAAAGUCAAAGUCAAAGCAU